CGAUGCCGCUGAUGGAUCUAUGACACGUGAAUAUUUCGAGCGGCGACGAUUUUACCAUAUUUUCCGUCUCUGUGAAAAUGGAAGUCCCAAAACUGGUAGAGAUAUUACGGGCAACUAUUAACCCAGCCCAAAGAGAAGAUGCCGAAGCACAAUUACUACAGAUACAUAAGAUUAUAGGAUUUGCACCUACGGUGCUUCAGGUUUUAAUGGCAGAGCAUGUGGACUUGCCAGUUCGACAAGCAGGUGUAAUUUAUCUCAAGAACAUGAUCACACAGUUCUGGCAGCCGCGCGAGCCGGAGAAGCCAGGCGACGUGGUGCCGUUCAACAUUCACGAGCAGGAUCGCGCCGAGAUCAGGAACGCGAUCAUAGAAGCUGUCAUACAAGCGCCCGACAUCAUCAGGGUGCAGCUGGUCGUGUGCAUCAGCAACAUGGUGAAACACGACUUUCCGUCUCGCUGGCCACAGAUCGUUGAGAAGAUCAACCUCUACCUUCAGUACACCGACUAUCGGACGUGGGUCGGCGCUCUGAUGUGCCUCCAUCAGCUCGUCAAGAAUUACGAAUACAAGAAGCUCGACGAGCGGGGUCCGCUCAACGAGGCGCUGGAGCUGCUGCUGCCGAUGGUGUACGAGCGCAUGCUCCACCUGCUGCAGGACUCGUCCGAGCCCGCCGUCCUCUGCCAGAAGAUGAUACUGAAGACCUUCUUUGCCCUCACGCAAUACUUCCUGCCUCAAGACGUCAUCUCAAGAGACACGUUUAGUCGCUGGAUGGAGUUGAUUAGGACCGUGCUCGAGCGACCAAUACCCGACGCUAUAUCGCAGCUAGAUGAGGAUGACAGGGCUGAGAGUCCAUACUGGAAAGCUAAGAAGUGGGGUCUUCACAUACUCGCACGGAUAUUUGAACGGUAUGGCAGUCCAGGCAAUGUAACCAAAGAUUACAAGCAGUUCUCAGAUUGGUACCUGAAAACGUUUUCCGCUGGUAUUUUAGAAGUUCUAUUGAAGAUACUCGACCUCUACAGACAAAAUAUCUACAUAGCACCUAGAGUAUUACAGCAGUCUAUUAACUACGUCAACACAGCAGUUGCACACGCUCACUCCUGGAAGUUCCUCAAACCUCACAUGCGGCAAAUUGUUAGCGACGUUUUGUUUCCACUGAUGUGCCAUACGAAGGAAGACAAUGAAUUGUGGGAGGAGGACCCUAUAGAAUACAUACGUCUUAAGUUUGACGUGUUUGAGGACUUCAUCUCGCCCGUGACGGCCGCCCAGACGUUGCUCCACACGUGCUGUCUCAAGCGCAAGGACAUGCUGCAGUCGACGAUGGAAUUCUGCAUGAGCAUUCUCGUGCAGCCCGGCAUGGAGACGCGGCAGAAAGAGGGCGCCCUGCACAUGAUCGGCACACUCGCUGACCUCUUGCUCAAGAAGAAAGUUUACAAGGAUCAGGUGGAGCAGGUUCUGCAGACGUACGUGUUCCCCCAGUUCCAGUCGACGGAUGGCUACAUGCGAGCGCGCGCCUGCUGGGUCCUACACUACUUCUGUGAUGUGAAGUUCAACAGUGAGGAGAACCUAUCGCGGGCGCUGGAACUGACGCAGCAGUGCCUCGUGCACGACACCCAGCUCCCGGUGAAGGUCGAGGCGGCCAUUGCCCUCCAGAUGCUGAUUACUAGUCAAGAAAAGGCUCAGACGUUGAUGGAGCCGCACGUGAAGAUGAUCGUCCUCGAGCUGCUGAAGAUAAUUCGCGAGACGGAGAACGACGACCUGACGAACGUGAUGCAGAAGCUCGUCUGCACCUACUCCGAGCAGAUGGCGCCCAUCGCUGUCGAGAUGACGCAACACCUGGCGACGACGUUUGGCCAAGUCAUCAACAGCGACGAGGGGACGGAAGAGAAGGCCAUCACAGCUAUGGGUCUACUAAACACCAUCUCUGCGAUCCUGACUGUUAUGGAGGACCAGAAGGCCAUCAUGGCCCAGCUAGAAGGCGUCGUCCUCAACGUCGUAGGCGUGAUAAUACAGAACAGCGUUAUGGAAUUUUACGAAGAGGUGCUCUCCCUGGUGUACAGCUUGACGUGCACAGCGAUCAGCUCAAACAUGUGGCAGGUCUACGAACUCGUCUACGACAUGUUCCAAAAGGACGGGUUCGAUUACUUCAUCGAUAUGAUGCCGGCACUUCAUAACUAUAUCACAAUAGACGCUCCGGCUUUUCUGUCCAACCCUCGCUAUAUGGAGAUCAUGUACAACAUGUGCAAGGCAAUUUUAAAGAGUGAUCAGGGAGAAGACCCAGAGAGCCAUGCAGCUAAGCUCCUGGAGGUAAUCCUGCUACAGUAUAAAGGACAAGUGGAUCAGUGUGUUCCUUUGUUUGUGGAGCUGGCGUUGGAGAGGCUCACCCGGGAAGUUAAGACGUCCGAACUUCGCACCAUGUGUCUGCAGGUUGUGAUAGCAGCGCUGUACUACAAUCCCGGUCUGCUGUUGGAGACACUGAACAACAUGCACCUUCCGAACACCAGCGAACCGAUCCUGUCACAGUUCAUACGGCAGUGGAUCGACGACACAGACUGCUUCCUCGGCAUUCAUGACAGAAAGAUGUGCAUUCUUGGAUUGUGCACGCUCAUCGACACUCCCUCCAACCGGCCGGAAGCAAUCUCGGGAGUCGCUCAGCAGGUCCUGCCCUCCCUCAUUCUGCUGUUUGAUGGCUUGAAGCGAGCCUACAUGAGUAGAACUAUGCAGAAACUCAAACAUUAUGAGCAUAUGGAGCAUCUACACUAUCGUCAUCAUCACCACCCCUCGACUUGUCUGAAAGAUGGGCUAGCCAUACCCAGAAAACGACUUAAGCAUGCAGAUCGGGCAGCCGUGGAAGACUCUGACAGCGAGAAGGACGAGGAGGAGGACGCAGACGCAGAGGUGUGCGAGGACGACGACGACAUCAUUGACGAAGACAACCAAGAAUAUCUUGAGGCUCUGGAAAAAUCCCAGGCAACAGAAGCUGAUGACGACGACGACGAUGACGACGACGACGAUGACGACUUUGACGAGGAGGGGCUGGAGGAGACGCAGCUGGAGGCGUACGAGACGCCGCUCGAUGAGGAAGAAUGCCCCGUCGACGAGUACAACAUCUUCAAACACAUCCUAGAGAACGUUCGCGGACAGGACCCGACCUGGUACAACGUGCUCGUGUGCAACCUGAAAGCGGACCAGGUGAAGUCGCUGCAGGAAAUCUACACGCUGGCCGACCAGAGACAUGCUGCUAAACAAUCCAAACAGAUAGCUGAGCAAGGCGGCUAUGUUUUUGCCAACAAAGAUGUUCCGAACGCUUUCAAUUUUGGUGCACCCUGAUGCGUGGCCAUCGGCAUAGCUACUAAAUGUUGCCUACAAAAGCAGGAAGGGCUGACCGAUGGCAAUAUUACGUUUCGACUGUUUACAUUCUGUAUAGCUGUUACGUAUCACAACGAUAUUCAAGCAGAAGGGUUGCAAGAAAACAUACACAGAUUUGUAGAUCUAUUUAAUUUAAGCACCGAUUUCGUAUUUAAACUUAUGUAUGUAAGCUGUUGAAGUCAUAUUGCACUCCCUCCACCCCUGUCUGCUUUCUGCAUAAAUCUACACCGGGGGCCCAUAUUUUAGCGGUGUACAGUAUGCUAAAGGUUAACGUGCACGUAUUUAUUUGUACUUUGUUCGUUUGGACGUACGGCUUACAUCUCCAGUUUCUAUAUUGCCUUGGAACAAAUGGCUCACGACGUGAACCUUUCGUCAGCCAGUACUGCUGCUGAAGGGUUGACUCGCUAUUGUCAACUGUUCCUUAGUUUGUGUUCCAGACACCUUGCAUCAUGUAGCAGCAGUAUACUGAGUGUGUGUGUGCGCGUGUGUGUUUGUUUAAUGUCUAGGCAAAUUAUGUUAAUGUACUGUGGUUCUGGUGUGUAUGCCCAGUACUGUCAUCACUGAACACGCCCGCCGCCUUGCUUGCAGAGUAUCUGGAAAUGUUUUUGUAAUUGUGUCCACUGUGUUGUUUGUCGAACGCGUUAUAAUUGACAAGGAAUGAAAUGAGAGUGUGUAAUCUUCUGGCAGUAAUCCACAUGUUAUCACCAUGGUGAUAAAUGACUAAAUAAAGUCACACUUUGUCUGUAGAGAA